AUGAAUGAAAUGUCUGAUAAUUGUAAUGAUAUCCUCAUGAAACGAUCAUUGUCGUUAUCUUCUAAUCUUUAUUCAUUGAAUCCAAUGAAUAAAUAUCGUUCAAAGAGUUUAACUUAUCUAUCAGAUAUACAUCAAACAAAUUUACCAAAUAUUUAUUUAAUUAAUAAUAAUGAAAAUAUUAAUUAUAGUGAUCAAAGCAUUUAUACAAUUAAUAAAGAAAAACAUAAAAUUUACUACUCAAAUGAUAUAUUGAGUAGUAAGCGAAAAAUAAAUCAUAAUAAUAAAAAAAUUAAUUCAUAUAAAAAUUGUUAUUUAAUUAAAUUUAAUGAUAAAGAUAAUGAAAAUAGUAAUGAAUAUUCAUUUAUUGAAAAUAAUUGCUCUAUUCAAUUAAAUCAUUACGAUAAUAAUGAUAUUCAUAAUGUAUAUAAUAUAAAUCGACAAUUUUAUUGUCGUGAUUGGUUAUGGGAUAAAUUAUUAAAAUAUUUAAUUACAAAUAAUAAAUUAUCUUCUAUUCAUCAAAUUAAUAAAAAAAAUUAUAUAAAUGAUAAAAUGAUAGUAGAAACAUCGAGUAAAUUAGUUAUAUGUGGUGAAUCAGGAUCUGGUAAAACAAGUAUAUGUCAAAAAAUUAUUGAAACUAAAAAAAAUUUAUUAAAAAAUUUAAUAAAAAUUAUCAACAUACAAAAAUUAUUAAUAAUACAUGUGAAUAUUAAAAAAUCAUUAGAACAGAAUAUAUUUAUUCAAUCAUUAUAUAAUCAAUUAAUAUCUAAUGAAAAUCCAAUUAGUUAUGCUUUUAAAAAAGCAAUAAAUAUUAAACAUACUAAUUAUAAUUUAUUAAAUAAUAAUUAUUCAUUAAAUGAUACUUUUAAUAAUUAUAUUAUACAACCAUUAAGAUGUAUAAAUAUUUUAGAUUUAUUUAAACAUCAAGAUAAUCAUAAAUUAUUUAGUAUAAUUGAUCCUUUCAAUUCACGUUUCUUUUUAUUGAUCGAUGGAAUCGAUGAAAUUUAUACAAAUUUAGCAAAAUUCAAAUUUAUGCAUGAUAAAACGUUUACUAAUAAUUAUACUGAUAGUAAUAAUAAUAAUAAUAAUAAUAAUAAUAAUAAUGAAGUGCCUAAUGGAAGUAUUUUACAAUUAUUAGCUAAUCAUUCUCAUCUGUUCCCUGAUUGGUUAAUAUUAAUAAUUACUUGUCGACGUAAAUAUCGAUCAAUUAUAAAAUAUUUAUUCCCUGGAAUAAAGACUAUAAGUAUAGAUGAUUUAAAUAAAUCAAUAAUUGUUCAAGAUAUUCAACAAUAUAUAUAUAAUCGUUUUAUUGAAGAUAAUAUACAAUGUUCAAAUGAAAUUAUUGAUUUAUUACAAAUUAAAAGUAGUGGAUGUAUACUUUAUUUAGAGACUAUAUUAGAUUUAAUACGUGAUAAAAAAAUUACAUUAAAAGAUAUAACUUUAAUACCUGGAACAUUGAAUGGAUUAUUUUUAUGGUUAUUUCAAUAUAUAUUUCCUAAUGAAAAUGAAUUAGAUAAUAAUAAAUUAUCAUUUAUAUAUAUUAAACCAUUAUUAAAUAUUAUAUUAGCAUCAUAUGAACCAUUAUCUGUGUAUACAUUAUAUUCUAUAUUAUUAAUUUCAAAUCAUAAUCUACUAAAAUCUACUUAUUAUCAACAACUUAAUCAAUUAAAACCAAUAUUAUCAUUAAAUUAUAAUAUAAUAAAUAAUAAAAAAAUUAAUUCAAAAUAUUUAAUUGAUAAAUUAAUUGUACAAUUUUUUCAUAAAAUAUUCGCUGAAUGGUUAAUUGAUAUAAAAUAUUGUACAUCAAUAUAUUUAUGUAAUAUAUAUGAUGGUCAAUUAAUGAUUGAAAAAGCAUUCAAAUCAAUGAUUCAAUAUGAUAGAUUGACUUCAUUAAAUUCAAAUAAUAAUAAUAAUGAUAAUAAUAAUAAUAAUUUAUUAAUGAAUCAAUUGAACAUUGAUCAUAUGAAUAAAACAAAUCAAUUAAUUAAAAAAAGUAUAUCAAUAGAUUCAUUAAAUUUAAACAUACAACAAUGUAAAACAAUAAAUUCAUUAGAUAAUAAUCAACAAGAAAAUACUGAUACAUUAUUAUAUAAUACUAAUAAUCAAAUAAGAUAUAAUUAUUCAAUAUAUCAACAAGAUACUAUUAAUAAAUCAAUAAUUUCUUAUGAAUUAAUAUCAGCUAUACGACUAGGAGAAUAUGAUAAAGUUAAACUAUUACUUGAAUCACAUGCUAAUCCUAAUACAAUUGAUCAAGAUGGUUGGUUAGCUUUAAGAACAGCAGCAUGGGGAGGAUAUUCAAGUAUAGUUGAAUUAUUGAUCUAUUAUGGAGCUGAUGUAAAUCUAUCUGGAUCAGAUGGUAGAACUGCUUUACGUGCUGCUGCAUGGGCUGGUCAUGUUGAAACUGUUAAAUGUUUACUUAAUGCUGGUGUUGAUGUAAAUAAAUCAGAUUCUGAGAAGCGUACUGCAUUAAUAGCUGCAGCUUAUAUGGGACAUAUUAAUGUUGUAGAAGUUUUACUCAAAGCAGGCGCUGAUGUUAAUCACUCAGAUUUAGAUGGUCGUACUGCUUUACAUGUGGCUGCAUUCUGUGUACAAAAGUCAGAUAAACAUUCAGAUAUUGUUGCAUGUCUUUUAAAUCAUGGAGCAAAUCCUAAUUUACCAGAUAGUGAAGGUGUUACUCCUUUACUUGGUGCAUCGAAUACUGGUAAUUAUAUGGUUUGUGAAUUAUGUCUUGAAUCUGAUGCCGAUGUUAAUAUGACUGAUAAAUCUGGACGCACACCAGUCAUGUUAGCUGUUCUAGGUGGUUAUACUGAUGUUGUACGUUUAUUAUUAUUUUGGGGUGCUACUGUUGAUAUUAUGGACUAUGCAGGACGUUCUUUAUUAAGUAUUGGUGCACAAAUUAAAAAUUCACAAAUUGUACAAGAAUUACUUGCACGUGGAUUAGAUGAAGCGCAUAAAGAUCAUUCCGGUUGUACACCAUUACACUUAGCUGUUGAAAGAUAUACUGUUGAAAAUGAAUUAAAUGAACAAGAACAAUAUGAGGAAGAAGUGAUACGCUUGUUACUAGACGCUGGGGCUAAUAUAGAAGAAAUUGAUAAUUCUGGUCGUACCCCAUUGCUUGUAGCUUGUGAAACGAAUAAUAUGAUAGCUGUAAAAACUCUUCUUAAUCAUUCAACUAAUGAUCCAUUGAGUUGUAGAAGUCCAACUCAUUCUAGUUCAUCUGGAUCUCGACAACAAUUGAAUACAAAUCCUUCGUAUGGUCAUUUGUCACAAGUUAUACAUCCAGUUAUAAAUAUUUCAUCAUAUGAUGGUCAAACACCAUUGAGAGCAGCAGCAUUCAAUAGGAAUCAAGAGAUGGUUAAACUUCUUCUGUCUUAUGGAGCUGAUCCAGAUCAUCAGGAUACCUAUGGUCGAACUACUUUAUAUAUGCUUGCCUUAGAAGGUCAACUAGAUAUGGCUGAUUUACUUUUACAUUGUCCAUCUCCUGGUGCAUUAUCUCGUCCUGGAUCAAGUCGAUUAAUUGGUGCUAAUCCAAUUCUAUCAGAUGAUGAAGGACGUUUUCCUUUACAUGUAGUUACAUGGCUUGGACAUAUUGAUUUUGUUCGUCUACUUUUACAAGCUGGUACACCAGUUGAUAUUCGUGAUCGUGAAGGUAGGACACCAUUACAAUUGGCAGCUUGGCAAGGUCAUGCUGAAAUAUGUUAUAUAUUAUUAAAUGAAGGAAAUGCUCGUGUUGAUGCAGUUUGUAGUCAAGGUGCAACUGCAUUAUGCAUUGCUGCACAAGAAGGUCAUUUUAAUGUCUGUAAGGUAUUACUUCAAGCUAAUGCAAAUCCUUCACAGACUGAUUCACAUGGUCGUACACCAUAUCGUGUAGCUCUAAAGGCUGGACAUUUAGAGAUAUGCAAAUUACUGGAAUUAAGUCAAACGGAUUUUAGUAAGAUGAUGAAUGGACAAUUACAAAGCACCAAUAUUGAUCUAUAUCAAAAUAAACCAAUCAGAGAUUUGAAGACAAGACGGGAUUCUGACAAAGUUUCACAAUUUCUAGUAUCAUUACAACAGAAAUAUCCAGUGAAUAGUAAUAUGCCAAUUCUACAAGAUACUCCUGUUAAGAUGAAUAGCAAAGAAAUUCAGACAACAAGAACUGAAAAUCUGGGUACAAAUGUCUCACAACAUCAGCCUGUUUAUCUCUCAAAAGUAUACUAUGAUGAUGAUGAUGAUGAUGAUCCGUAUGCAAGACCACCUGAAUUGUUUACAACACAUUUUAAAGCAUUACAAAAGAAUAUUCCUGUUAGUGGAAAAACUCACACCUCUAUUCCACAUGAUAAUAAUCAUCAUGAAUUAGAUAUGAAAAAUAAUUUCAAUCAUAAUGCUAUUCCAAAGUCUAGUUAUCAUAUUCCAGGGGAACAAAGACAUUAUACAUCUGAAAACUGGUGGAAUAAUAAUCAAACAAGUUAUCAACCAUCAUCUGAUCCUACAGGUAUAAAGGAUAUACCGUUAGCAUGUACUUCUAAUUCUGAAUAUCCAUUACAAAUGAUACAUCCCGGUGAAAAUGUACAUAUUCAGAGUAGACUAGAUCAAAACCAUUUACAAGGUGUUAACUUCAUUCAAUAUAAUCCAAUGAUGUUUCCAACUACAGUUUAUUAUCAAGAAGACUGUUAUCCUAGUCAUACUAAUCACCUGCCAACAAUAUAUACAUCAAUAGUGAACUCAAUAAAUCGACCAUCUGAUAAUUCAAUUACAAAACCAGAAGUUUCUAUAGAAAAAAUGAGUAAAUAUUCUUCAUGUAAAACUAAUCAACAAAAUGAUAUGAAAUCUAAUUAUAUUCUAUUAAAUAAACAAAAUAAUUAUAAUUUAUCUAAUGAAAAUAAAGAUAUUUCAUUAAAGUAUAAAAAAUUAUUAUCAAGUAAAUUAGAAUGUAUAUGUGGUCCAAAUUCUUCAAAAUCUCGACAAAUAAAUGAAAAUCAAUUGAUAACCAAUACUCAGGAUAACUUGAUUACUGAUGAUUGUAAAAGUAUAUUUCUUAAGUCUACAGUUGCUAAUGUCUUUGGUCUUGGUAAUAAAAAGCAUAGAAAAAAAAAAAGGUAAUAUAAAACAAUCUUAUGAAAAAAAAAAUGAAUCUCCAGUUCUUGAUUUCAAUGUUCUAUUCUCAGAUACUUAUUCAUUAUUGAAUUGACUAAUUUAUCUAUAUACGUAUACAGGAAGUAUAAAAGCUUUUAUACUAGAUGAUAAUUGAAGGUGAA